AUGUCCGUCCUACGGCAAGGAGGGUCCUACCUCCAACGACGUCUAACAAAGAUGUACACUGACACAAAAACAUCCUGCGAAAGCGUCACAACAGCCUCCUCAAAGGGUACCGACGACCCGGAACUCGUGGCCUUGCAUCGAAACUACCGCACUCAAAAGGAUAGAUUACUUGCCUGGGGUCUGGACUGGAGCGACUCCAACGCCGCGCAACCAAACGACAUUGACGAAUCAUUAACCGAAGCCGGAUUUAGCGAUGUCGUCGCUAGUGUUAUGUCCUCGAUACAGGAGAUCCUCAAUGAGGCGGAACGGUUACAACAUGGUGAAGAAGUACGAGACCAAGCGCCGGCGUUACCGCCGAAGAAGAAGAAUGAUGGUAGUGGAGGGGAAUUACCGCCGCCACUGCCGCCAAAGGAGGAUUUGAUGGUGAAAUCGAAUUGGUCGGAGGAUGAUAUAAAACGGUCGUAUACGUUGUUGGAUGAUUUGACGUCGUGCAUUGAUACGUUAUAUGAAUUGUCGCAGUCACGGAGGAAUAUGACUAUGAGCAUGGCAUCGUCGACCGAUCAGUCUGGUAAGGUUAAGGCGCGUUCGCAGACGACGAUUCCGAGGUCCCUGAAGCCAGGCGGAUUCGACGCUCAGCGAUCGAUGUCGUUUGAUUCGAAGCCGGUAGGACACGAUUUCGUUGAGAGUCCGGUUGAUGUGAAGGGGAAGACAUCUUAUCCUAGCAGCAAACAGGAAAAGUUCGAAGUAUCGCCGUAUUUGAAUUUUCAUGCUCUUCCAAUGUCAAGGAGUCAAGUACCUGCACUAGCGGAACGGAGAGUCAACAAUUCAUUCUCCUCGACGAAACAUCUCUUCAUUGAUCGGUCGAAUUUACAGCUUUCUGGAGCCUCUCAUGCGAAAAGCCCGCCGCCAUACGAGCAGGUUGCUGCAUCUGCGAAUUCUCGAAUUAUUGGUCGUGUGCAGACUUCUGCUACUCCGUUCAUGACUCGGUUGACCAAGGAAUCGACCAUACCUAUUCUUGUCGAGUUUACGCCUAUGAUGUUGGAGUCUCAGAGUUCUGUGACUAUCCCCGCUGCGCAGCGGCUGGAGAAGAUCCAUCGUUCUUUAGACCAGUUGGUCGAAAAUUCUCGAGUGUCACAUCUAGGCUUAUUACGGUUCCUUGGCUACUAUAUCGACAUGUCUAAUGCUCGUUAUGCAUUUGUGUAUCAGAUGCCAGUUGACUAUUUCCCAUUUCUGAGCAACCCCAGCAACCUCCUCAAGGAGUUGAGACCAAAAACUCUAGUCUCUUUGUUUCAUUCCGGGGAGGACCAUCAGGAUAUUCCGGUACCUACCCUCGAGAGCCGAUUUCGACUCGCUUAUAACCUCCUUUUGGCCGUUCUCCACUUGAGAAGUCAGAAUGUUGUUCAUGGAAAUAUCAAUAGUAGCAAUAUUCUGGUCUUCCCCGGUCUGAACAACUCCGGUCAGGAUGAGAUUGGAAACUUGAUUGAAGAUUUGCGACACCCUUAUCUCACAUCACUUGCUCAAUUUUCCGGCAACGAACCGACUCCUGAACCUCUCUCGGCAAGUAUGUACCGUCACCCUGAUGAUAAGCGGAUACUCGAAGAUGAGGCUGCAUGGGCAUAUGAUCUCUACUCACUGGGACUUGUCCUUUUGGAGAUCGGUCUUUGGGCACCCAUCAGCCGGCUCUGGAAGAUGAAGUAUAAUAACGCCAUGUUCAAACAACGGAUCGAAAACGUGUACAUCAAGAAGUUGGCUUCGAAGUGUGGCAACGCCUACCUGCAUGUUGUUCAACUCUGUCUCGACGCACCCAACUUCCUAAUGUCCACAGAACCCAUGGCCGAUCUGAAUCUCAGAGUUCCCAUGGUUUACACAUAUCCAACUCUGGAGUUUGCGGAGCCUGACAGCCAGUUCGCCUUUUCUGCGAAUUUCAUUUUCACGAUGAGCAAGAUCUUGUCUCAGCUUUGCGCCAUCGAUAUUUAUUCUCCUCCUCCGUCUGCGGAUCUGGAUGAUUGUCUACCGUUAGCCCUUGGUCGGGACCUGGAGUCAGAACCGGAAUUGUUCGACAAUACUGCUUCAACGAGUUUUGUCAAUUUGCCAAUGGAGCACCAUACUGUGCAUCAGCCCUUUCAAAGCGAUUUCACGGACAGCAAAGCCGUUCACGAAGUGACAGAUUCACCAGUAGAAAAGGACAAAAAAGUCAAGAAACGAACAGUGAAAAAGUUGACCAAUGCCGAGAUUCCACAGGAACAUUUGAGUCAGUGGAACUUUUACACAAUGCCCAAACUCAGUAAACUUCUACACAGAAUACUCAAAGAUUCGUCCGAGUCUUGCACGGCUUCGUUGAUGAUGACUGGUGAAACAGUAGAAACGGCCAAGACAACCAUCUGCGUUACAUGCUCAAAUGUCAAAAAGGUCCGGGCCAUACUCAAAAAGUACUUUGAGAUUGAGCAGGAUUGGGAUUUGAUCGUUCUUCGUGGUGAUGUUAGCAGAUCCAAGGUCCCCAAACGACGACGACUCAAAGCGCAUACUUCUAGCCUUAGCGAAACUGAUCAGGAUGCCUUUGUGCAACCGGAUCUGAAUCCGCAUUAUCAGCAGAAACCUCUUUGUGGAGCGUCGAUUGGCGCAUUUAAGAAUGAAGAGCAUCUGCCGCCUGUUUCGUAUGGUGGUGCCAUUCUUAUCGAUGGUAUGCCCUUCGGUAUGACUGUUCAUCAUAUGCUCGAAGCACCUAGUGAAGAUGAAGAUGACGAGGGCGAGGAAGAAGCCGAGGGGACCCUACCACGAUCUUCUGCCAACCGACCAGGAAACAUGCCUACCGACGAUCUUACAUCAACCUGGGGUGACCGAGAUCCCGAAACCGAUUACGAAAUAGAAUUCACAGACGACGACGAUGAUGAUUCCGCCUCUCAAGAAGGUGGAGACUAUUGGCUUUCGGACGAUGAAUCCUCAGACGAUGACGACGAGUUUCAUGAUCCUGAUGACAUUGACGACGCAGCAUCAAUUGGGGACACGGCUGGUGUGGAACCGGAUGAUGAGCCACAGUUACUGGUUACUCAACCCGCUAUUGAUGACGUGCAUGAAGAUUUCUUCCCUUCGCUGGAAGAUAGGGACGAUGAGCAUCUCGCUUCGCAUAGUCUUGGGUAUAUACAUGCAUCAUCUGGAUUACGUCGUUGGACCAGAAAGGGUAUCAAACAUGAGAUUGAUUGGGCUUUGAUUCACCUUAAUGACAGUCGCAUGGAUGCGAGGAAUAUUAUUGCAAGACCAAUAGCUGAUCGCGACACGUCCAACAAUCCUACCAACAGACCAACAGCAACACAUCGCCAGAAUCUUCAACCGACACGGACAUCACCUAUCCAUCUAACAAAAGUAGCCAGAGUCGAAGAACUAGGCGGUCUCAGAGUGCAAUGCUGCGGCCGAACAAGCGGGUACCAGAACGGACGGAUAUCGCCUGCAAUGACAUUAGUGAAACUGCACGGCCGGCAAUCAUUCUCCACUAGUUUCUGCGUUGAUGGGAAUUUCGGCGUACCCGGAGAUUCAGGAGCAUGGGUCUUUGAAGCCUCCAGCGGCCGUGUCUGCGGCCACGUCCUCGCAUACUCCGAGCGCAGUCGGACAGCAUACAUAGCACCCAUGCAAGUUCUUCUCGAAGACAUUUCUCGAACGCUGAGCGCAUGCACAGUAGAACUCCCCGGCUCUCAAGGCGAUGAUAGUUUGUCUUCAGCAGCAAUGUCUCGAAUCUACGACCAACCACAACAAACCAGAGCACGUAUUCCACUCAUUCCAGAUGCUCAUCAUCGGCACCAGAUGAAUCUGCCGAUCGAAUUAGGACGAUUGAGUUUGAAUAAUUUCGAUGAGCCUACUACUCCUGCCGGUGUCCGUUCCUCGAUAAACAGAGCCCGAAAUCAUCAUCUAGGUGAAGGCCCGUCGUCGUCGUAUCAUCGCGCUGGUCCUCCGCCUGUAAUGACAAGAGCCGGUGGGAUGGAGAGACAGCCUGCUUGA